CUUUCAUCAGUGUCCAAACAAGCUUAUCCAAACAUAAAGGUCUGCACUGAUGGGGUACUUGGGUUUGAAAGGUCUACACCCCACCGGUCUUAUUACCAAGACAGAGAAGUGCACUUCACACUGAUCUUCUUGUCACUGACUCACCCCCACACCACUCUCCCAAUCUUUCCAAACAUGGUUUAUCCCAUUCUGAACCACUCCCGCCCCUCCCCUGACACAGCACCUCAAUAAAAUCCACUCCAAAGUUGCCAUGAAGGGGAGCGCACGUCCGUAUCACUCCAAGGCAGCGCGCUACUACAGAUGAUGAGUGAAUGAAUGAUGUUUUGAGUUGGUAGUGAAUAACGUGAAGUGCAUCUUACUCCCGCCUCAAGUCAGAAAACUCUUUACGCGUCUUUCGACUGGCUAGAGCCGCGCGUAACGCUUGGAUAAAAUGGUGUCAAGCGCCUUGGCGAUCAUAAUGACCCUCCUGUGGUGGGGUUACUGCGUGCUGGCCUCGCAGGUCGCCUUCUCCAACUUCUCCGUGGACAACGAAGUGCGCUCCAGCUUCAUCCAGCGGCGGCUGCGGAGCCAAGAGCGCAGGGAGAUGCAGCGGGAGAUCCUCUCCAUCCUGGGGCUUCCGCAUCGUCCGCGGCCGCACGUCCACACCAAACACAACGCUGCCCCGAUGUUCAUGCUGGACCUGUACAAUACCAUCUCCACCGGUCCAGAGCCGUCCGGAUUUUCUUACUACAAGCCUGUUUUACCGUCCCAGGUGUCUCCAAUGGUGACCCCGCAGGACAGCCGCUUCCUAGAUGACGCAGACAUGGUGAUGAGCUUUGUCAAUCUUGUUGAUCAGGAUCAGGAUCUUCUGUACCUGCAGCACAGAAGAGAAUUUCGAUUCGACCUUUCCCGUAUUCCAGAGGGAGAAGCUGUGACAGCAGCAGAGUUUAGGAUUUAUAAAGAUCUCAUCCAGAAAAGCUACGACAACGAAACAUUCAUAGUCAGUGUCUACCAGGUCCUGCAGGAGUCUCCAAACAGUGAAGUAGAGCUCUUGCUGCUCGAGCAGCGAGAAGUGUGGGCUGCAGAGGAGGGCUGGCUGGCCUUUGACCUGACUGCCACCGGCAACCUCUGGCUGGGCAACCCUGAGCAGAACCUCGGCCUGCACUUGGUCCUGGAGGACCGCCACGGUCAGAGGACGAACCCUCGAGUGGCGGGGCUUGUGACGGGCAGUAGACCUCAGGACAAGCAGCCCUUCAUGGUCGCCUUUUUCAGAGCCAACGAGGUGCGCUUUCGCAGCAUCCGUUCUGCCCACGGCCACAAGGGACGCCACUAUAACCGCUCCAAACCCCAGAGGACUGUCCAAGAUGCACUAAGGGCAGUGGAGGCUGCAGCAGAUAACCCUGGCAUCUCUAAAGAGGGAUGUAAAAAGCACGAGCUUUAUGUCAGUUUCAGAGAUUUGGGAUGGCAGGACUGGAUCAUAGCGCCUGAGGGCUAUGCAGCGUACUACUGUGAGGGAGAAUGUGCCUUUCCUCUCAACUCCUACAUGAAUGCCACCAAUCACGCGAUUGUGCAAACUCUGGUGCACUUUAUCAACCCGGACACGGUUCCCAAGCCCUGCUGUGCCCCCACUCAGCUCCACGGCAUCUCUGUGCUAUACUUUGACGACAGUUCCAAUGUCAUCCUCAAGAAGUACCGCAACAUGGUGGUCAGAGCCUGUGGCUGCCACUGACCGCUAGUAACCCCUCCUGCGAUCCGGAGGGACACUUAAGAAAGGCCGUAUUGAACUGUUGUUGUGACCAGCAGCUGAGCCUCCCAUGCAGUAGUAACCACUACCACAAACCAUUUAGAACUAUCAGUCACAGAGGAAGGUUGAACAAAACUUUUGUUUCCCUUUACUUGAGUCUAAAAAAAGUGCACUAACUGAACUGUGGAUUUACCUCAGAGACUCAAACAAAACACGCAGUAAAACACACAAAGUUAAAGCUAUGUUCCCUAAUAUG